CCAAGCAGUCUCACAACCACCAUGCCAGAGCAGUCGUCACAAAGUUCAAAGAAGCGACCCCGUACCGAUCCAUUCGACGACCGUGGUCAUCGGCUCGGCUCGUCUGAGUGCGAACAGAAACCUCCCCUGCGCGAUGAUGAGUUUUGGUUCAAAGACGGCACAAUAGUCCUGAUCGCGGGCAAUGUUGCCUUCCGCGUAUACGAGGGAUUGCUGGCUCGCGACUCCUCUGUCUUACGCGACCUUUUUGCUGGCCUCCAGCGAGUCCUUCCGAAUGUGGAGAUGAUCGAUGGGUGUCCCGUUGCCCGUCUGUCCGAUCGCUCAGAGGAGCUUCGUAGUCUAUUACGAGCUAUCCUAUCGCCCUGGGGGUACUACCGACCAGACCAGACUGUCAGCUUCUCAGUCGUUGCGAGCCUGAUCCGCCUCGGUCACAAGUAUCGCAUGCAGCACAUCCUUGACAAUGCACUUGGACGGCUUAAAGGUCGCUUCAGUGACAAGCUCGAGACCUGGUUCGACGCAUGGAAAGGCACGCACGACUCGGAGCCUAGCAUAUCGCGGCCUUCAAUGACCAGCCGGCCUACCGAUGCUAUUGCUGCCGUCAACCUCGCUCGCCUGACGGGUGCGACAUCCGUUCUCCCCAGCGCUCUCUACGAGUGUGCGAACCUCCCAACGCAGACGCUUCUGCAGGGCAUACAGCGCGAUGGCGAUGACACGACGACGGACCGACUUUCAUCGGAGGACGUCGAGCGAUGUCUGGACGCCCGGAAAUACCUCGUCUACGACUACUUUCUCACUACGCUGCGUGCCGUGGCACCCGAGUGCGAUGAAGAUUGCGAAGGGGACUCGGAUUGCUCCUCGUUUUUCGGAGACAGGCUCGAGUUCCUGAGGACCAAGGGUCACGACAAAACUGGCCUCUGCCGCUAUGACAGCCUGACGUAUCGCAAUGUUUUUGACUUGAGAGGCAGGAAUAUUUACGCACUUUGUGCCACGUGCGAGGCGAUGAUGGAGGAGCGGCACCGUAGGGAACGGCUGGAGAUCUGGUGCAGGCUACCGGGAUACUUUGGCGUUCAUGUUCCAGGCUGGCCAGAUAUAGACCAGUCUGAGGAACCUGCUAGUUAUUCAGACAGUGACUCUUGAGAAGAAUCCCUCAAGGCGCGUCACGUCCCCCUCAGCCUGUUAUCUGCAUUGUAGUGACUGAUACAGAACUGACAGCUCAUCCAAAUGAUCGAUGGU